CACGUGUGUUCAGAGAAAGAGAAACUAAAACUAGGUUGAGCUAAUGUGUGUUUGUGACUCUAUAUUCAUGCAGUAAAAUGGCAGAAGCCAGAAUUUUUCACGAUGAGUUCUUGUGUCCAGUUUGUCAGAAUCUCCUGAAGGAUCCAGUGACCAUCCAGUGUGGACACAGUUAUUGUAAGAGCUGUAUUACAGACUGCUGGGAUCAGGAGGAUCAGACGAGAGUCUACAGCUGUCUUCAGUGCAAACAAACCUGCAGUCCAAGACCUGCUUUAGCUAGAAACACCAUGCUGGCUGAAGUGGUUGAAAAACUGAAGAAGAGAAAACGUCCUGCUGACUGUGACGCUGGAGCUGGAGAUGUGGAGUGUGACGUCUGUACUGGAAGAAAAUCCAAAGCCAUCAAGUCCUGUCUGAUGUGUGUGAACUCUUACUGUCAGAAUCAUCUUGAACAACACGAGAGUUGGUUUAAAGGAAAGAGGCACAAUUUGACUAAUGCCACUGGACAACUGCAGGAGAUGAUCUGCCAGAAACAUGAUAAGCUCCUUGAGGUUUUCUGUCGCACUGAUCAGAAAUGUAUAUGUAUGCUGUGUACGAUUGAUGGACAUAAAAACCAUGACACUGUAUCCGCUGCAGCACAGAGGACAGAGAAUCAGCACCAACUGAAGGAGACUCAGAAGACGUUCCAGCAGAGAAUCCAGCAGAGAGAGAAAGAUCUCCAGCAGCUGAGAGAGACUGUGGAGUCUCAUAAGCGCUCUGCACAGACAGCAGUGGAGGACAGUGAGAGGAUCUUUACUGAGCUCAUCCUCUCGUCCAUUGAGAAAAGCUGCUCUGAGCUGAUACGGCUGAUCAGAGAUCAGGAAAAGACUGCAGUGAGUCGAGCUGAAGAACGACUGGAGAAACUGGAGCAGGAGAUCAAUGAUCUGAGGAGGAGAGACACUGAGCUGGAGCAGCUUUCACACACACAGGAUCACAUCCAGUUCCUGCAGAGUUUCCAGUCUCUCUCAGCACCUCCUGAAUCUACAGACGGAAAUGAUGAUCCCUUCAGGUCUCACUUCUCUUCUGAUGAUCUGAGAGAAUCUGUCCAUCAGCUGAGAGACAAACUGGAGGAUUUCUUCAAAGAAGAGCUCAAGAAGAUCUCAGACAGAGACACAAUCACCAACAUGGAUCCCAGAACCAGGAACGACUUCCUACAAUAUUCCCAUCAGCUCACUCUGGAUCUGAACACAGCACAUAAAUACCUCCGUCUGUCUGAGAGAAACAGAGUGAUUACUGUCGCAGCCACAGUCCAGUCGUAUCCUGAUCAUCCAGGCAGAUUUGAUGUGUAUCACCAGGUGUUGUGUAGAGAGAGUGUGUGUGGACGCUGUUACUGGGAGCUGGAGUGGAGAGGAGACAGAGGUGUGCAUAUAUCACUGUCAUAUCAGAGCAUCAGCAGGAAGGGACGGGGUAAUGAUUGUAGGUUCGGAUCUAAUGAUCAGUCCUGGGAUUUGUUCUGCUGUCCCUCCAGUUGCUCAUUCAAACACAAUAAAAUAGAGUCUGUUCUCUAUGUGGAGUCCAUCAGCAGUAGAAUAGGAGUUUUUGUGGAUCACAGAGCAGGAACUCUGUCCUUCUACAGCGUCUCUGACACAAUGAGCCUCAUCCACACAGUCCAGACCACAUUCACUCAGCCGCUCUAUGCUGGGUUUCGUAUUCAUAUAAGUUCUUCAUUGAAACUCAUCAGUGUGGAUGAAUCAGAAUAGACAGUAGAGAGUUUCUAUCCAUGAUACUUUGAGCUGCAUGAUAAAUCAGUAACAGCAAGAUAUUAUUAAUAAAUGAAUAUAUUUAUUGUCAUUGUUAGAGAUUGACCAAUGUAUCGAUUUACCGAUAUUUUCCCCAAUAUGUAAGCAUUUUACCAUAAUUGGAAUAUUGGUUUUGUAAUAUCGAUAAUAAUUGUAAUAUACCACGCUAAAAGCUUCCAACUUGUGGAUAUUUUGAGAAUUGCGUGCUGGAUUGCCAUUGCAGCGUGUCUUGGGGGGAUGAGACAACAACAACGGCGUGCAGGUACUUGAUUUGCUGUUGUUAGUAAACUUAAUUUAAAAUAACAGCCAGUUAUGCACAAAUUUAAUUUGAAUUUAAUUUUCUCUCUGUUGUAAAUUUGCUCCAUCAUUAGUCUGGUGAAGCCGCUUUCAUGUUGCUGUUCAGUCAGUGAGUGGGCUGAUGUGGUUGAUGCUCAGGAAAUGCUCCAUCAUGUAACUUUUAACAAGAUUCACAUGUUUAAAACACCCUAAAUUGUAUUAACAUUUACUAUAUAACCAUUAUUUUGCUAAUAAACAUCUAAA